CCCCCACCCUUUCUCUUUUGUCAACACCUUCUUACCCCCUUUCUCUUAUUUCAUUCAUUCGUUCAUUCUAUCCUCUCUCUCUUUUUCUUCUUCUUAGAUGGUGUAAUUGCUGCAACUAUGGCCGUGGAGCUCAUGAUGGGUUACAGGAACGAGAGUUUCACCAGCAAAGCCGAAGAGAAUGCGGUUCAAGAAGCUGCAUCUGGUUUGGAGAGCGUCGAAAAGCUCAUAAGGUUGCUCUCUCAGACGCAGACACGUCAACAAUACAACUCUUCUUCUUCAUCUUCCAAUAACCAAAUCGAGAGGGACUGCAAAGCCGUCGCUGACGUGGCAGUUUCCAAGUUCAAGAAGGUCAUUUCGCUUCUGGGUCGAACCAGAACCGGUCACGCUCGAUUCAGAAGAGCCCCUUUGCCUCCACCGAACCAAACGCAACCUUCUGAACCCACCCCUUUUCAUGCCACCCCUUUGCAGCAGAUCCCACCCACCAUUCACCAAAUCCCCAAAAACGGAAUCACCCAGAGGGCCGUUAACGUCAAUGAUUCCUCUUCCAAGACCAUUAAUUUCUCUUACUCCUCUUCUUUCAUCUCGUCCCUCACCGGCGACGCCGACACCAAGCAACCGGCUGCGUCAUCACCGGCCGCCGCGGGGACUUUUCAGAUCACGAAUCUCUCUCAGGUGUCGUCGGCGGGGAAGCCUCCGCUUUCGUCCUCUUCGAUGAAGAGGAAGUGCAGCUCUGAGAAUUUGGAUUCUGGCAAGUGUGCUAGUUCCUCUGGCCGUUGCCAUUGUUCCAAGAAGAGUAGGAAAAUGAGGUUGAAGAGGAUAGUGAGGGUACCAGCUAUUAGCUUGAAAAUGGCUGAUAUUCCCCCAGAUGAUUAUUCUUGGAGAAAGUAUGGACAAAAACCUAUUAAAGGAUCCCCACAUCCAAGGGGUUACUACAAGUGCAGUAGCGUUAGGGGGUGUCCAGCGCGCAAACAUGUGGAGCGAGCCUUGGAUGAUCCAUCUAUGCUGGUUGUGACCUAUGAGGGAGAGCACAAUCACACUCUCUCUGCUGCUGAUGCUACUAAUCUCAUUCUAGAAUCGUCUUAAAAGUCUUUCGAGUCAAUCAUCUUUUUUCGUGACAAGGCAUUAAUUAAUCAACGUUACAAUAUUUCAGGGGGGAGGGGGGGAAUUGAUGGCUUGUAGAAUUGCAGCUUUACUCAAAGUCAGGGCUUUAAAAAAUUAGUGGGUGUUCGUUUCCCUGUACAAUAUUGGAUUCCCUUUAUCUUUCUCGUUCUCAUCAAGGCUGAAACAUUGUGUGAAUCCAUUACCAUCAUAAUUAAAGAAAAUUGUCAAAAUGGUGGAUUUGUUGACGGAUUUGAAUCUCAAAAGUGAAAAAAAAAGAAAAGCAAGUGGGUUUUAUUCUUUUUUUGCUUUCCUCAAUUUAGUUACUUUAUCUUUGGUGCUUAUCUUGGAUUCUCAUUAUUUCUCAACUUUUAUGGGAUGGGUUUCAAUGCUCAACGGGCUUUUCUUUUGAAUUUUUAGAGAGUAAAGUGAAGAAAAAGCAAUGAAAGGGACCUAGUCAAAGCAUUGGACAGAAGAGGACGGACAUGUCGUGUAUAGGACGGUUGACUAAAAGAGAGAGAGAGAGAGAGGGGUUGGGAGUUGCUAGUUGGGACGGCUAAAUGAAUGAAUGAAUGAAAGUGGGUGAUGCGGUAGGAAAAGGAAAGGGUGAGGGAGUUUUUAAUGCAAAAUUUGUUAGACCCUUCGUCUUCUAGGAAAAAGGUUGGCUAAGAAUUGGGUUUGGAUGCAUUGAAGAGAGAGGUUGGAUGGUGUAGAAUGGCUCUUGUGGGAAAACCGAUGGCAAAGUCAAAAUGGGUGGGUGUGGAAUUGAUAAGUUCUAGCACCGAGAAGGGUCCUACCUUGUUCGCAAUUUUGUUCUUUUCCUUCCUUUGCCUUUGCCUUAACGUCAACUUUGUUGCGCGGAUAGGGUCCCCCCCUUGGCUCAUUUUAUCAUUAUCGAUUUCAUUAUUCACACAUGUGGCUCCCCCAAUCAUGCACAUAAAAUACCAUUCUUCUGUCUUCCCAUUGCUUCUUCCGAUGCAAUUCGUGACAUUUGCUGAUUAAGUUCUAUAUCGUAGGAUCCAAAUCUAAGUACAAUUUCAGUAAGUAUGAACACGCUUUUUUUAUAUUAGCCGAAUAAACUCGACGUAACGGGUCUUGUUAACUAUACAUAAGACAUGUUACUCACGUUAUUUCUACGGAAAGAGAAGGUUGCAAAACGACCGUAAAGCUCCAAGUCGUAUCAACUUUGUCAACUCUUUAAAUUGUUCUCGCUCUCUUUCAAUUUCCUACAUAAUUCAAUGCGUUAUGUAUCAAAUUUCUAGGGAUUAAUCUGAUGAAUAAAUACGUUAUGUAACUAAUU